AUGGCUAAGACGUACCACGAAGUUUGUCCCUAUCAUACCAUGCUCGUCCUCGACACUGCGCAAUCCAUCGGCGGGACCUGGGCAGAGGAACGUCUGUACCCGGGACUCAAGACCAACAAUAUCAUCGGUUCGUAUGAAUUCGGCGACUUCCCGAUGACGCCGGAACAUUUCGCUGUCCAGCCUGGGCAGCAUAUCCCUGGCGCCGUUGUGCAUGAGUACUUGUGUCGAUUUGCCAAAGAGUUUGACCUCACGUCGCGAAUAAGGUUACGGACGAAGGUCGAGUCGGCUGAGAUGAGAGAAGGUGGCGACUGGUUGCUUCGAGUGCGCAAGAUGGGUGUUGGGAGCCAUAAAAUAUCGACAUUGCGCGCGAGAAGGCUCGUUGUCGCCACCGGGUUGACUUCCGAGCCGCAUAUACCUGACUAUGAGGGCAGGGAGAGCUUCAAAGGCAAAUUCCUCCAUUCGCGCCAGCUGAGAGACCAGGCCAAUGAUAUACGACUGUCGAAGGAGGUCGUAGUGGUCGGAGCAAAUAAAUCUGCAUGGGACACUUGCUACACUGCAGCAAUGGCAGGAGCACAUGUCAGUAUGGUCAUCCGACCAGGCGGCGGCGGGCCCUCUUGGGUGUGGCCGGUCCUGCUACCUUUCGGGCUCUCUUUGCAGAAAAUGGCGACGACAAGGUUCUUCACGUUGUUUGAGCCUUGCAUCUGGGAUGAGGGUAGCGGUGGCUUCCCUUGGGUUCGAAGGUUGUUGCACCGAACAUGGCUUGGCCGGCAGUUGGUGAAGUGGUUUUGGAGAACGCUCGCCAUUCCCGUGCUGUCAGCAAAUGGCUAUUCCACGCAUCCUGAAUUGGCGAAAUUGAAACCCUGGAGCUCAACGUUCUGGAUGGGUAACUCACUUGGCGUCCACAACUACGAGACAAAUUGGUUCGAAUUGGUGAAACAAGAGAAGAUCAACGUUCAUAUUGGCGAUGUGACGUUCUUGUCGGGCAGAAAGGUGUUCCUUUCGAACGGUGCCGUCCUUCUUGCCGAUACAUUUGUCUCCUGCACGGGUUGGAAGAUGACGCCGCCGAUUGAGUUCUUGCCAGAAUGCAUCAUCGCGGAAUUGGGUAUGCCGGGAUUAGGUGCCCCAGAGGGCAGUUUUCUCCUACAGCAGGCGAUGGAGGAGAUCUUGAAAGCUGUCCCCGAACUACGAUCAAGUCCAGGUAGAACGCUGCCAAAGAGCUCGGUCCCAAUCGUUUCGACAAGGGACAGCAAAACUUCCACCCCGUUCAGGCUGUACCGCUUCAUGGUGCCUCCAGCACCGAGAAUGCUAGCGUUGCGAAAUAUAGCAUUCAUUGGCUCACAUUUAGCACUCAAUGCUAUCACGGUGGCACAAGCGCAGGCACUGUGGAUAACAGCGUUCUUCGAGGACGGUAUCCCUCACCUGGAGCGUUCGAGCUUUGACAUCAAGGAGAUCCAGUACCAGACGAUUUUUCAGAGUGAAUAUUGUCGACUGCGACAUCCCCCUACCGGCGGUGGGGCGGGGGAGAGAUGUCCGGACUUGGUCUUUGACGGACUGCUAUACACUGAUCUGCUAUUGCGAGAUGUCGGAUUAAAUAACUUUAGGAAGCGUCGCUGGUGGCAGGAACUGUUCCACCGUUAUUUUCCGAAAGAUUAUGCUGGAAUGACCACCGAUUUAGUGAGUCGGCUGCGGAGCGCCCAUCGUGUCCAACAUGGUGGCUACACGUCGUAG